UUUUUUUUGUGCAUAGGCUCGAAUUAAGAAAGAUAUUGAAAAAGGAACAAGUACUUGUGAACAUGCAACAUUUAUUUUUGAUGAAGUUGAUAAACCUUAUGUUCAGUCAUUAUUAUUGGAAAUUAUUUUGCAUUAUACUCAUUUUUAUACUGAAAGAUAUCCCAUACCAAUUGAUUUUCGUAAAACUAUAUUUAUUUUUUUAAGUAACACCGGUGCAACAGAAAUCAAUCGUCUAGCUCUUAAAUAUAAUUCGGCUUCUAUAAAUCGUGAGGCUUUCACAAUAACGGGAUUUCGAGACGCAUUUGCAAAUGCUGCACGUAGUGAACCAGGUGGAUUAUGGCAUGGAUUAUUAAGUAAUCGUAAUUUAGAAACUUUUUUUGUACCAUUUUUACCACUUGAACGCUCACAUGUUCGUACUUGUGUUCAACGGCAACUUGCUACUGUUCGUAAAAAUGAAGAAUAUCAAUAUAAAUUAUCUGAUAAUGACAUUGUUGCUAAAGUUCUUGAUUUAAUCGAAUUCUCACCACCAGAUGCAUUACUUUAUUCUGUAUCAGGGUGUAAAAAAGUCUCACAAAAACUUGAUUUUAUAUUAGAAGGUAUUCGAAUGACACCAGUGAAGGGCAAAACCGAAUUUUAA